UCCACUGAAGAAGAUAUGGAAAAAAUCUGUGCACCAGAAAUGUCACCACUCGCUCCCGCGGACAAACACUGUAACAGCCGCAGCGUCGAUGAGAAGCAGUCGAGGAACUCCAUUCUAACUGAAUGGAUUGGUAUGGGGAGAAGCGGACCACAAAUCACGGCUAAGCGGCAGCUUUGGGACUGUGUAACGUUGACGAUGGUUUUACUUUCGCUGCUGUUUCGACCAGCUCACUGCCAGCAGUGUCGAAUCCAGCGCUGCAACGCAGAGUAUGUGGCUUCUACCUCACCCUCUAGUGGUCUGCAGGAGGACGUGGCUAUGGAUGUGGACUACUGCAUCGCCUUGCGGGCCUACGCUCUGUGCACCCGGCGGCAGGCACGCAGCUGCAGGGGCGACCUGGUCUACCACUCGGCCGUCUUCCGCAUUAAGGAGUUAUUCUCUCAGCAUAACUGCUCCAGUGAUGGGCCCACCUCCUCCGCCAAGGUCCCCAGCACAUCUCGCCCAGCCGUGUCGGAGCUGUGCGACUAUGAGAACCGGGUGCUCGUGUCAGGCUCGGGCGGUCAGCAGAAGAAAUACGCCCACUGUGGAUUAUUCGGAGACCCGCACCUACGGACUUUCCGAGAUGAGUUUCAGACCUGCAAGGUGGAAGGGGCGUGGCCACUGAUUGACAACCGCUUCCUGUCGGUGCAGGUGACCAACGUGCCUGUUGUCCUGGGCUCCAGCGCUACGGCAACCAGCAAGAUCACAGUGAUCUUCAAGUCUUUCCACGGCUGCACAGAUCAGAAGGUGUACCAGGCCACCACAGAGGAUCUGCCACUGGCCUUUCAGGAUGGGACUCGCAGCGGUGGCGAGAGCGGCAGCCUGACCAUCGUGGAGCGCGGCGGCUCCGGGGUGGGCCGGCAGGUGAAGAUACAAGCCCGUUACAUCGGCACUUCCAUCAUCGUCAGGCGUGUAGGCAGCUACCUGACCUUUGCCAUCCGCAUGCCAGAGGACACCCUGGACUUUUCGGAGGACAAUGGCGGUCUGCAGCUCUGCUUGCACGGCUGUCCACGCAACGAGCUCAUCAAGGAGCACACGCUGGGCCGUCAGAGCCAGCAGCCCCGCCUGCAGGGCACCAACACAGAGCUGGGUCCUCUGCGGCCUCCUCACCAGGUCUACACGGUGGAGCGGGCCACGGCCAAGUGUAGAGAGACUCUGCAGGUGGAGGACGUGUACUUUCAGUCCUGCGUGUUUGACUUGCUGACCACAGGAGACCCUGAGUUCUCCAUGGCAGCCUAUGGCGCUCUGGAGGAUUUAAAAGCGCUGCCACCCAGUAAACUGAAGCAGAACUCCCCGAGGACUCCACGUCUUUACAACCGAGGGACGUCUCACAUGGCGGCUGCAGCUGCAGCAGCUAACACCUCCCUGCUCUCACUCCUGCUCCUCAUUCUGCUGCUUUUGUAAAAAAAAAAAAAAAUUAAUGAUUUAAAAAAGAGAAACAUGGAGACAAACAGAACGUGGAAGCAUUACCAGCUUGAGGAAAGAGUGACGAGAGCUCAGACAUAUAUAUUUGUAUUUUUUCUUUGUGAAUUUUUUUGCAAUUUGUGAAUGUUGUGAUCUUUUUCCGUUUUUGUUAUUUGAAGGAUUUCACACUUAUAAAGGAUGGUAUUUCCUCCCAUUUCACAUCUUCUGUGGAUUCAUACAUGGGUCACAUCAUCAUUUGGAAACAGACAUGUGGUUUAGGGUCCAACAGUAUAACGUUGUUUCUAUAUGCUCGCUGUUAAUUGGUUUACAAUAUCUUUUAAAACUCAUAAUUGUGUGUGCUGAUGUCACGGCAGCUAAACAGCAUUGAGUUUUUUUGUAAAUAGAAAAGUCAUCAUCGUGCACAACCUCCAAACACUCCAUCAUGUAUGAAGCUGCACGUGUAACUCCAUACUGUAUGUACGCUGCUCGUCUGCAGAGCAACGUGGCUUCUAGAUCCUGUAUAAUCCAGUCAUAUCAGCAGCACUUAACGGUUCUAACAGCAAGUUACGUGUACUCAAGUGUUAUUUCUUUGUCUAUACCAACUGUUAUCUCAUAAAUCUGGCGUGCUAAAUACACAGGAUCCAACAACUGUAUGUAAAAACUACCUAUCCAUAAUAUAUGAUGUGUCAGUGUGAUAUUCAACACUCAUCUUCUGUGAAACACUCCCUCUUCAAGCUGUUUGGCUUCCAGUUUUAAAGGUAAAAAACAAAAAAAACACAAAUCUUUAUAUAAUAAUAUAUUAAAAGAGUGUAUAUAUGUGUUUUAUAUUGUGUACAUUUGCCUGUGUAUAGAUGUUUUAACUGUAAUAUGUUUUACAUUUGUUGUGUUUAGUAGGUUAAUUUGAGACAUUGUAAGAAAAAUUAACUAAUAUGUGUUUGUAAUUUUCUGUAUUAAAGUGUUGGACACUCCAGAACAA